AUGACCAUCGACAUGGACGUCAUGCGGGAGGCCCUCCUGCGGGCGCAGUACGGUAGGAGAGAGACACCGCGUCUCGUGGACUUUCCCCCUUCUGUACCGCCGAAGGAAGUGGAGGACGUUUAUUUGUCAUUCCUCACAAAAGAAGAGGCGCAGAUGCGGCAGGGAUUAAAACUCGGAGAAGUGCAAAUUGUCGGUUAUGGUAACAGUUCCGAAGUAACUCUGGCAGGAGAUGCCAUCGCCGGAGCACUGCUCUUAUCCAAUGAGUUGUUUAUUGAAACGGUACAUCCUUAA